GGAGGGUGGACGUGUUUUGUCUGUUUCGUAAGUUUUCGUGCGUGAGCUCGACUAACUUUUCGAUUGUUAAAAUUUAUUUUGGACUUGUUCGAGUUAGUGGUUAUGACUUGCUACUUGGAUUGGUGUAUUGGAACUUUUUGGAAAAUGUGGUUCUUAUUUGUGUAGAGUGCAAAGGAACAAAUCGAUCGAAAUGUCGCCAACAAUCCUGGUCCUGUUCAUCUGUAUAACGGCAUUCAAUAUCGAUGCUCUCCUAGUCUACAAUACAAGGCCCUCCAUUGUAGAAUCCCAUACGCAUGGAAAUUUAACUAAUAGAUUCCUAAAUAUGGGCAGCUCACUGUUUACAGGUACAACGGGCACAUUAAAAGACAAAUUUGGUUAUGGCCAAAUGUCUGCAGUCACCAGAAAGCCCAGAAAGCCAACUUCGGAUACUUCACCUGAGUAUAGUGAAAGUUCAAUCUUUGGGUACAAAUCGAAGCUGUCACAUUUCAGCGAAUACUCCAGAAGAGGUCUAGACCGAAGAAAAAGAAUACGAAGAGGAUUGUCUGACAACCGCGUGAUCAUCACCCAUCACUUCACCGAAAGAACUGUCACUCCUGGCGGUGAUAUCAGCAUGCAAUGCUCUGCCACCGGGGACCGACCACCGCAGUUUGUGUGGGAAAGAGAUGGCGUCACUAUGUCCAGUAACACUGAUCCAAGGUACGCGUUAGGCCAAGUGAUGACAUCAGACAACUCAGUCGUAGCGCAACUGAACAUCACCAGAGUAAGAGUAGAAGAUGGCGGCUUAUACUCCUGCACAGCAAGAGAAGGAGAUCAUUCCGCCACCCAUGAAAACAGACUCGAUGUUUAUGGACCUCCGUACAUUCGAUCAUUGCCCCCAAUCAAAGUUCAAAGUGGAGAACCUAUUAAUUUAAGAUGUCCUUUCUAUGGAUAUCCAAUAAGUAAAAUAGACUGGGAACAUAAAGGGAAAACAAUAAAUUCAAACAACUUAUUCCAAAGUCGAUAUAAAAGGAAUCAAAGUCAUACAAAAAAGAAAACACGUAGAAGCAUUUCUAAUAUACAUGGAAUACUAACAAUACCAGAAGUCAACAAAGAAGACAACGGCGCUGUAUAUACCUGCAUAGUAACGUCACCAUCUGGUGAAAUGGCAAGAAGAGCGUUUGAAAUACAAGUGAUAGAAGCACCAAUUCUUGAAGAUCUUCUUCUUGGCAAUAACCUUCAAGAGGGUCAAAUAGUUAAUAUUUAUUGCAACGUUCGUAGCGGAGAUUUGCCGAUACAUUUUGAAUGGUUAAAAGAUGGGAAGAGAAUACCAAGCAGCUUAAAAGUCGUAGAAAGAAGUUCAGAGCUCUUCAGUGCAUUAGUGAUAAAAAAAGUGUCGUUAGAACACUGUGGAACUUAUACAUGCGUCGCUUCUAACCACGUUGCUAAAGUUAAUAGAUCGACGGAAUUGUAUAUUAAAGUGGCACCAAAAUGGUUGGAAGAGCCUAAUAACUCUUCAUUACUUUUGGGAAGAAGAGGCGCUGUAUCUUGUAGUGCCAGUGGAUAUCCUCAGCCUCAAGUUCACUGGAUGAAAAAAGACGCAAUGUUAGGAACCUGGCAACCAGUCCUGGAGUUAGCUGGCGGUGGAAUUCUUAGCUUGCCCAACGGCACUCUAAUAAUUGAGGAAGUAUCACUCACAGACGAGGGUCUAUAUUCUUGUAACGUGGAAAAUGGCGUCGGAACACCGCUCAGUAAAACUGUCUGGAUGAGCGUUAACAAGCCGGUGCAUUUUGAAGUGUCAUCGACCAACGUGACGUCAAGACUGGGGCACCCCGUCACAUUGGAGUGUCGAGCACUCGGUGAUGAUCCUAUAAGGAUUGCUUGGACCCAUGAUGGCAAAAAUUUGGAUUCUUCAAGUCACAGAGCAAAACACACGGAGUCAAAGACUGCUCUCGGUCUAACUUCAACCAUCAACGUACAAUUCUCUGAGGCGGUGGACGCAGGCUUCUACCAAUGCCGAGCCAGUAACCCAUACGGCACCGCUGCUUUUAAUAUAUUCCUGACUAUACUAGAACCUCCAACCCCCCCAUCCGAGCUGCGUGUGGAGUCAGUCCGCUCCCGUACAGCCGUGGUAUCGUGGAGGGAAGCACGCGCUCACGCCAAACACUACGCGCUACAAUACGCACCAGCACACUACGCAGACGCAGGGUGGGAACAUGCAGUGAACAUCAACGUUACCAGGAAAGAAAACGACAUUCGUCAAACCAUCGAACUUCAGAAUCUGCGACCGGCGACUGCAUAUGUAGUUCGCGUCGCGACGGGCAAUGAAGUGGGGGUCAGUCGGUAUACCGCCCCCAUACAUCUCACUACCCAUGAAGAAGCUCCAACAUCUCCGCCUAUAAACAUCCAAGUGGAACAAACAGAAAACCCUGGGGAGUUAUUUCUAUCGUGGUCACCGCCACCUAAAGACAGUCAUAACGGAGUCAUAACCGGAUACCACAUAAAAGUCGUUCCACAAAAUAUUGGACCUGUUUCAGACGAUGGUGAAACACGAAAUGUUAAAGUUUCACAACUAUCCGGAAAACAAGAAACAACUAUCAGUGGUCUCCUAAAAAAUACAAGAUAUGCUGUAACGAUAUCAGCUUAUAACAGCGCUGGGUCAGGACCCUUUUCUCUGCCGGUAUUUCAAGAUACAAUGGAAGGCGCUCCAGAACAUGCUCCAUCUUCUGUGGAAUGCACAGCAGUGUCUUCCACUUCACUAAGGGUUGGCUGGCAACCUAUCGCUAUUCAUGGACAAGGGAGUUCUUUGAUUGGAUAUUCGAUCUUGUAUGCUACAGAGGAUAGUGUUUGGCACAAUCAAACAUCACUCCACACGGAGAUUUACCUUCAGAGCUUGGCAAAAUACACGAACUACAGUGUUAAAGUAGCUGGUUUUUCUAACUAUGGACCUGGGCCACCUUCAUACCCUAUCGUGUGUUCUACGCUUCAAGAUGAAGAGCGAGGCUUCUAA